AAAUGCAAAUGCAGACGCAAAUGCACAAGCAAAAGCAGAAGUUCAAGCUCAUAAUGGACGGCCAUUAAUCUGGCCCGAAUUGAGGAGGGCAAGGGGUCCAAGGAACGAAUGCGAUUGCUUGUUGGUUGUGCCGGAGUCCCACAUGUGGAUGUGGGAUGCCAUAUACAGACACAGCACGAAGAUCGAAUACGCAGAAGGUCUCUUGGAUCAAACAAGUAUAAGUUGCCUUCGACAUCCACUCGGUCUGGACUACAUCUCAUCUUCAUCAUUCAGCUGCCCGCGAACAGUCUACACAUCACGCUAGCCCUUCAGUUGACCAGAUUCUUAAUCAUACCUUGUUCUACCAGGCCAACUUCGACUUGAUACGUUAUAGAAGAGCAGCUCCAGACCCAUAUCCCGGCUCAAAGACGCUGGGAUUCUUGAGAUAUCGACCACCUAGCACAGCAAAGCAGUCGAUUGUACCGGCAACCAAAACUGAGGACUACGGGCCUGAAGUAAAUAAGCCUCACUCGGUUAGCCUCAAUAUCAACAAGGGCAUCGAACACUAGCAGCUUCCGAAUCUUUUGCUAGGUCCCAUACAGCUACUGUAAUUGCUAAUUGCUCUUGGGCCUGGCUGUACAGUCCAUCUCACAGUAGUCACAUAUCAAGAUUCUUCUCGACUCGAUUAAAUCAAACCUUUACAUUGUUUAUACCGUUCCGGCUCGGCGACUGUUGGAUUGCCAGAGGGUGGCUGACUUUCAUCGCUUCGACACGACUCGAUAAGUGUUGACUUGAACUUCGGGUUCGGCUCGAAUCGACCACGAGUUCGCCUCUGGAACUCCGCUCUCCGCCUUCGGUGUUCCCGCUUCUUCUCCUCUUCUAUCGAAUCAGUUAGAGAUACCCUGCUUUUCUCGCCUCGACUAUUCGCCACUAAGCCUCUUGCCAACUCUCGAAACCCUUGAGCCAUGUGCUACUUUGACCAAACUCGCUGGGCAUGCGGCUACUGGCGCUGGGGGCACUUCCGUCAGCAGUGCAACAAAGAAUACCGCAUGGGCGAAACUUGCGGCCUGAAGCUUGUCUACGAAACCAGGACCGAAAGAGACGUUUGCAAGCUCUGCCACGACACGGAGAAGAAGCAGCGCAGGUAUGACAAGAUGUAUCGUGACGUUCAGCGCUGGCAGAGGGAGGGCAACCGAAAUGCCACCAUUGAACGAACGUGUGCUGAGAUGCAAGAAGUCCUUGGUCAGAUCUAUCGUAUGAGAGAAGAGCAUGAUCACAGGCUACAAUCCCUUGGCCAGGUGAGUUUGAAACAUGAUGUUCCUUUCCUUUCCUUUAUGUGUAUUCGCAUUGAGUGAAGAGGCCGAGCCCGAACAAGAAAGACGGACGAAAAAGGGCUGGAGGCAUGACUGAGCCGAGGGCACAUAGAAGAAAAAGUCCCAAAGAAAAGGAAAAAGAGGGACGGGAAGCCCAAAAAGGGGUGUGAGGGGCGUGUGCGUGGUCUGUGAUGGUGGUGCUGUGCUUCUUGCAUAUGCCGUGGUCUGUGGGUGUCGGGGCACGGGCAUGGGCAUGGGCACGAACAAUGUGUGUGGUGAGGAGAGAGAGAGAAUAUGAGUGGCUAACCCAUUAUUGCAGUGAAGUGACGAGAUGUCAAGAGCGAUAUAUCUCACGACGACAAACGACGAGUUGAUAUACAAUGGUGAAGGGACAGUAUGAUUGAAGUAUUAGCUUCUUACAAAAUUGCGGAAACCUACCAGGGAUACCAGGACAUCUAUAAUGACGAUUAUGACAACCUUGUUUUAUGUUUGGGCGGACGAGAAACGAAAAAUGUUGCGGUCGAUGCCGAAAGAAGGAGCUCGGCCAAGAAGGGAUGAGGGAGAGGGGCAGAGAAGAAGAGGAGACAGGGAGGUGAAAACAAACUCUCUUGUGAGCAUGGCUUUGUGGUGGAAUAUUUUCUCCUUUCUCCUUACCUUUCUACACUUCAUUCGUCUGUAAGAACAGACAAAUUGCUCUUUUUUCUCUCUACCAACAAUUUCAGUAUAUUGGUGAAUUGUCAUGGGACCUGUGAGAGGGGCAAGGCAGAGACAGGAUGAGAGGACCCAAAGCGAAGAAGUCCUCAGGGCCACAGCUGGGGCAUGCAGAAGGCGUUUGUGGGACGGACCCAGACGCUGCCAGGUCCAUGUUUAUUUCUUUCUUUAUACCCACAGGUGCGAACCAUGUGGACAAUAGGUCAAUGUAACGUGUGUUAUCUUGAAAAAAGCCAUGCUCUUUCUAUGUUCCA